UGAAUGGGAAAUCGAUGGAGAAAAAGAUGAAUCGAUGUUCGCUGCACUUCGUGCUCCUCCUUCCUGAUGACCCAACACGUGUCGUGUUUCUGACGGAGAAGGUCGACAAUGCCAGAACGCAAGGGCAGCCUUGCAAUGAUCGCGAUGAUGAUGUGAACAUUAUUCGUUUUUAGUACACUAUUUCGCUGGCGUUGUCUUUGCGGCGGGGCUAGGCUGCCCUUGAUCUUGGUGUGAGGACUGAAGUAAUGUGCUGGUGCUUGGGUGAGCAAGUCCGAAUCAAUCUGGUGCUGGGGUGAGCAAGUCCGAAUCAAUCACUACAGUCCAUUAAUCACUUACCAGUGGAUCGAACGAAGUGUGUCCGGUCAGACGACGACAGAGAGGAGCAGCGCUGUGCGAUGGCUUGGGCGCGGUGCCUGCAAGCCCGGCUGUACCAGCUGCUGAUCGCAACAAUGGCAAUACUCACUAGUACUGGAGUGUGCAGCCAAGCAGCAUGUCCAACCGGCUCUCUGUUGAGGCAAACAACGUCGCAUUGCAUCAGUAUGAUAACUAUCGACACGGUGGCCUACGGGCAGAGUCAAACUCAAUACAACGGGACAGCGUUACCAUUGACUGUCACGCGUCCCGGAGCGGUAACCACUACUCGAGUUGGACCUCGCGCUGCUCCAGUCCUAAGCUUUGCCAACCGUUUUGCAAUUUCCAUCUCUACACCCCAGUCUGGUGUGGAUCUCUCAUCAACGUGGACAUUGGUAGCAACUGUUGAGUUUCCUCAAGCCACAACAACCGCCACCACCGUUAUCCUCUUCUACACCAAUGUGGGCUACGUGAACUACUAUGUCAAGAAGACUGUGCAAGGAUCGACAGUGACAUUUGAUGCCUCGCUUUCAAUCAUUGAUACAUCCAUGAAUGGAGUGACAUCAGCUAUACCAUUAGCCAGUUCCAACAGCACAAUGCCAGAGUUUGGUCUUCUAGCAGUAGCACUAGUGUACCUGAAGGAUGCCCGCACACUUCGUGUCCUGUUACAUGGAAGUCAGGUAGCGUCAAGUGGUGUUACCAUUCAGCCUGGUACGUACUUCAAAGGACUGGGUGCAUCGUCAGCGUCCAAUCAUCUUAGUCGUCUGCUGUCUGUGAGGCUGUUCAACGAGGAGCUGUUUCAACCUGAAAUACUCACUAUUAGCAAUUGUGCGUCUCCAGCCAGUCUAUCAUCAUGUACUGCAUGCAGUGGACUUGUUGAGCAGCAGAAUUGUCUCUCACCUGCUGACGCACUCUGCUCACCGGGAUUUCUGCAAGGACAGAACUUUACUUGUAACACAUUCACAUCGUGUGAGGUGCUGGGUGAUCGACCUGUGCAAGAUGGAACCGUGUUGAAAGGACCCUACAAUAACUAUAUUUACACGUGGCUACUGCCCAUGCACACCAAGAACAACUGUAGAGCUCGGAUGAUGGGUCUUGAAAUCUACCAUUCCAGUGCUUUGCGGUGUGAUGUGAUCCUGUCAGUCUGGAACAAGAAUGCACAAGGUCUAACACCCAAUGAAUACGUCCGUGAAUUUAGGACGGCGAAGUACCAAAUUCCUGCUGCGACGACAAAGCCGACAUUAGCACGCUAUUUCUUUCCUAUAACUCCAAGUUACGUAUUGCCAUACACAAACACUUCAUAUAUUGGUAUUACCACUACUAGAGGAGCGUGUCGUUUGCUAGGAACGUCUAGUAGCUCAGUAGGAGUUCGCUAUGCACUUAGUGCCAAGGGUUUGCCAGUCAAAUUCGGGACGCGCGAUUUUACCAAUGGAGUCAACAUGAAGCUGUCACUUCGGCUUCUACUGAAAGAUUUCGAUGAAUGCGCCUUGUCUACAUCGUGUCAACCCAAUACCACUAAUGUGUGUAGUAAUACAUUUGGAUCAUACAGUUGCGCAUGUAAGAGUGGAUACAGUGGAACGGGUGGUGCUUCUUGUGCUUACAUAGCUACCACGGUGCCAACAACCACACCAACAACCACACCAACAACAACACCAACAACCACACCAACAACCACACCAACAACCACACCAACAACCACACCAACAACAACACCAACAACCACACCGACAACCACACCAACAACAACACCAACAACCACACCAACAACUACACCAACAACCACACCGACAACCACACCAACAACCACACCAACAACCACACCAACAACCACACCAACAACAACACCAACAACCACACCAACAACCACACCAACAACAACACCAACAACCACACCAACAACAACACCAACAACCACACCAACAACCACACCAACAACCACACCAACAACCACACCAACAACCACACCGACAACCACACCGACAACCACACCAACAACAACACCGACAACCACACCGACAACCACACCAACAACAACACCAACAACAACACCAACAACCACACCAACAACAACACCAACAACCACACCAACAACCACACCAACAACCACAGCAACAACCACACCAACAACUACACCAACAACAACAACUACACCAACGUCGACACCGGUAACUACAGCAGAAGUGACAGGAAUACCAACAACCGCAGCAGUAACCCCAGCAGCAACAACUCUUGCACCACAACAUACAAUACCAGCAACAACACAAUCUGAAACCACACCAGCACAAACAGCAACAGUAUCAAUAGCAACUUCGAGAACUGGAGCAUCAACUGCAUUAGCAGCCACAACAACAACUUCAGCAGCCUCAACAGCAUUGCCAGCAACUGCAGCCACUUCCGAGUUUACACCAUCAUCACUAGCAACAUCGGACGUAGCAACAGCAACGUAUUCAACAACUCAAUCAGGAAUAUCAUCAUUGCACCCUACAAUGCCAACUAGCUCACCGACAGGAACACAAACUGCAGUGUCGUUAUCGACAACGCAGUCACCCAGAACCCUGACGACCAUGACCCAGGCUCCCACCAACCAGGUUCUUACCAGCCAAUCAACACCAGGUCAAACAAGCACAGCCCAAGGAUCCACAAUGACUACUUCUCAAUCCGCCACCACCACAGAUGGUUUUACAAACCAGCCACUGACAUCCCAAUCACUCACCGUGAAGCUACAAACAACUGAAGCUUCUGCAACAAACUCUCCUGCAACUCAAGCUGCCAUAACUCAGCUCCCGGCAACCCAAUCUACAGGAGAAUCACCAUCGACAUCAACACCAUUAUUGAACAUCAGUACAACACCUGUCCUUGGUCCUGGCCCUGAGUCACAAUCAUCUUCAUCCUCUAUUCUACCCAUGGUAAUUGGCAGUGUAGGCGGGCUAGUGGCACUGGUAGCAGUUAUUGUUCUAGUGGUGCUGGUUAGACGACGACAGCACCACAAGGGCAGUGCUACCCUACGCAUGGGCAAUACUGCACAGGACGGAGUGACCAACUCGGCCUAUGGAGUGGCUCUGAAUAACAUGCGGCCACUUGAUGGAGAUAUUCCAUGCCAUGUUGGUCAAAUUCAGAAUGAAUACGCUGAUACAACUGACCUUGGUCCGGCACACCAUCAAGUAUCUACUGCCAAUGGUGCUGUAGCUGGGGAUCUAAGAAGGCAGGUGGCAUCACCCAGUGAAUAUGCCAGUCCAGUUGCACGGUUGUCCAGUCAGCAGCAAGCCGCUGGUGAUGAUACGUACGACUCACUGCAAAGACACGGUCCUGAUAGGAAUGGUGGAAGUGCUGUGAUGACAGGAUUUGAGAGACAGCGCAGCGCCAUUUGUCACUCACUCGCAACGUCGUUCGGUGGUGAAGAUGAUGUCUAUGCAACCGUGGUGAGAAGUGUGGACGAUGACCACCCAUAUCAAGAACCACCGGGCACCGUGGAAGACCUGUAUUCACAUCUACAGCAGCCAGUCUACCAGCAAAUCAACCGAUCGGCUGUAACCCUGGGCAAAGAGCUUGGGUCAGGGGAAUUCGGCACAGUGGUGGAAGGAGUGCUCCACAUGAAUGAACGUAGCAUACCAGUAGCUGUCAAGAUUCUGAACAAGAACAAUGCUGAUGCGAAGAAAUCAUUAUUACAGGAAGCAGCGUUGAUGGGACAGUUCAACCACAUCAAUGUCGUCAGGCUUGUGGGAGUUGUUACAAGAGCUGAUCCGGUAUUGGUGGUGCUUGAGUUGAUGUCUGGUGGAGAUCUGCGAUCACAUCUACAUAGGCUACAACCUGAGCGUGGCAUGAAGGUGAAACGAACGGUGCCAAGUGAACUGUUACGAAUGUCACGAGAGAUUGCAAGCGGCAUGUCCUAUCUUGCUAAAAGACAGUUCAUUCACAGGGAUUUGGCGACACGCAACGUUCUCCUGGAUUCAUCCUUAGUCUGCAAGAUUGGUGAUUUUGGAAUGUCACGUAACUUAGCUGAUGAUACUUACUACGAAUCACAUGGCGGUAUGAUACCAGUCAAGUGGACUUCGCCAGAGGCAUUGUUGUACCGUAAAUACUCUGUGUUCAGUGAUGUCUGGAGUUUCGGUGUCGUUCUCUUCGAGAUAUUCAGCCUAGGGAAGAAGCCAUACUUUGGAAUGUCCCCGCAGAAGGUGAUCAGCUUUGUAUUUGAAGAUCGGAAACGUCUACCACCGCCAUCAGGUGUCAGCAGGGACCUUUACAAACUGAUGUUACAAUGCUGGCACCCAGAUCAUCGCAAGCGUCCAGACUUUGAUCACCUGGUGCAACGGCUUAGCCGUACGGCCGUCCUACUCGCGCCGGUGCCUAAGUCCAGUGUAUUACCCGGGCAAGCAUACUCUAUUGGUGCACCAUUACAAGCAAGUGAGAAGAUGUAUGAAGAUAUGCAAGCGUUUUACUGCUUGGAGUCAUGAUCUCGCCACUCUCCAUGGUGUCACAAGAUAUCCUGGGAAGUGAUAGUGAUGUCAUGGCUGUGUGUGUGUGUGUGUGUGUGUGUGUGUGUGUGUGUGUGUGUGUGUGUGUGUGUGUGUGUGUGUGUGUGUGUGUAGUAUAUUGUAUAAAAUACACGCCCAUAUCAUGGCGAAUGAUCUUGGUGUCUGGUAUCCGCACAUGCUGGUCAGGAACUGAGAAUGCAGCAUGUCAGUCUUGAUGCAAUGCAAUUGGAACUUGAAAUUAUAGUACAUGCGAAUUCUGUUCAAUUCUACUCUGGAUAUCCAACACAAUGUUCAGACAAAUAAACGUGUGUGUCCCAUGCAGGGAGUAACACACCUUCACUUUUUUCUGUCUUGAUAACAAAUUAAAUUUUAUCGAGCAUUAUAAGAUUCAAGCCUGGCUAUUUAUGAGGACGCGAUUUGUCACGACUGAGUACAUGCAACAUUUUCCGUGUUAUAUUUUUGCUGUUUCCCCUUUUCAUUCCCUUUUAUUUUUUUUAAAUUAUUUAUAGGUCGAUUUUUGAUGAGAUACGGAGCUUGCACUUCCGUACACUGUUCAUUUGUUUUAUUAUUACUGUUUACAUCCUCAUGUUAAUGCUGGAUGCUGAGUCCGGAGUUCUGCUUAUGCUGCGUGGCUUUGAUGAGAGGAGACAGCAGAAUUCAAAAUAUCCAGGCAAUAAACUGAUUACCUGCCAGAUCUGCAUCAGUGUGGAUCCUGGGUUAUGCUGUCUGGUUCGUGUGUUGAACAGUUUGUGGGUACAUACGUGCGUGCUCGCCUUGAUCGUGCAAGCGUGCGUGCACCCAUCUGCGCUUGCAUUUGAUUUGGUACAUUCUU